AGGCCCAGGUCGCACGCAGACGAGCCGGAGCCGCCGCCGCCGCAAACUCUGUUUCCGGGGAGUAGCGCGGCGGCGCAGCGGGUGGAGGCUCGUCUUGCGGCGUCGACUUCGUGCGGUGCGUGCAGCCGGAUGACGUGACAGGGCUUUCCCCUCAGCUCGCCGCAAACUCUCCUUCCGGGGAGAAGCGGCCUCGGCGUCGGCGGCGCAGCGAGUGGAGCGGCGGCGACUCCGCGCGGUCCCGCGGUGGAAGACAGGUUCGUCAUGUCGUCGUUCGCCGGCGUAACUGUCCUCGACGGACACAACCAGUGCCAUUGCGAAAUGUCGGGCGUCUACGCCAGCGCCGGUGUGGACGCCGGGUACCACCUGCUCAUUGUCAAGGGCUACUCGCGUACCAAAGAGUUCUUCCCCACCGGCGAGAACAUCACCUCUGGUCAUUUUGUAGUAGGAGGCCACGAUUGGUUACUCGAGUACUACCCCAACGGCUUGGACCCGAGCUGCGCCGACUACAUUUCUGUCUAUCUGACCCUUCUCUAUGACUCCGAUGUCAACGAGGAGGACGUGGAGGUGAAGUUCAGUUUCAGUCUCAUCAACCAGGUUGAGAAGCAGAUGCCAACGUACAUUCAUGGAACUAAAACUUACAGCUUCUCCAGUAGUGUUCCAAUGUGGGGCAUCGGCAAGUUCGUGAGAAGACACACCCUUGAACAGUCCCCCGAUCUGAUAUGUGAUUGUUUUACCAUCCGGUGCGACAUCAUGGUUUGCAAGGACCCCAAAACUAAGGAUGAUGCCGGUGGCACCCUGCCUGACAUACACCAGCAUUUUAGCACCAUUGUCGUGGAUUGAAAGAGGCGUGCUUGGAUUUUAUCCAAGUCCUGUCUCCCUCGCGUUUGAAGAGAGUAAUGGCGACUAGUGGUUGGGAGCACAUAAUCACGACCUAUCCCUCUGUUCUGAACGAGUUCAUUGCCAAGCUUAUUGCUUCAAGGCGGAAGUAACACUCACUCUGCAUAUAUAUG